AUGUCAUUGAAUAUUUUCGAGAUCUUUGCAGCCGGGGAUCAAGAGCCCUCCUCCACCCAAGAGAUCUCCUUCACCUGCAAGGCCUCCUCAGCCAGCUGCCCAGCAGUCCCCGCCACCAGCUCCACUGGACCUGGUGACUUGGCUGGGAAGCUGCAGGGCUUGCCCCUGCUGCAAUCAAUUGGCAAUCGCACCUUCAACCCACAAUUUAAGCCCAUCAUCGUUCCACCGCCCCUCGUCAAGCCUGCAGACUUCUACGAUGCACGUAACGACCCCAAGAAAUACUCCUGUGAGGUGGUCGUUCUGCCUUACCUGAGCUUUGUGCUUGAGAGCAACAUGUCUCGGUUCAUCCCCUCCGCGCGUGGCAGACCACUCAAGUGGCGCGCAGUCCUUCAGCUGGCAGUCCACAACAUGCUGCCUGUUGAUCUUCCGCCCGGAUGGAACAUCACGCUGCAGACGAGCAAGUACAACUACACAGACGUCUACAAUGCCAGGCUGCUGACAUACGAUGCAAGGAGCAACAAGGCCACCUUCCAGGCCUGGCGUCCCUACCUGACGCUGAGCAAGCAGGAGAACAGCAUCAUCAAAAUCAUGCUUGUUGUGGAGUACUCCAUAGCUCCCCAGGACCUGGUGCCUGAGUCUGUGGCGCUGAACGGGGCGCCAUGCAAGGUCUACUUUGACACACGGCAGGCUGCAACAGUCAAGACAAGGACGCAGGUCGAUGACAAGAUUGUAGACCAGUCCAUCCGCCGACCUGGCGGGCACGUCAGCAAGGAGGACAUUGUCGCCCAAUUUCCCUGGGGCACAGCCUCGCCCGCGUCUCCUUCUGGCAACCAGCCCAUCAGUGCCAGAGAUGGCAUCCUCUAUGGCGUUGAUGGCAAUCCUGUUGUCUUGAAGGGAGUCAACUGGUUUGGCUUCGAGACUGGCGCAACCAUGGUGGCAGGGCUCUGGGCAGGAUACAACAGCCUCACUCAAGACUUUGCAACAGUGGUCUGGCGGCAGAAACUCUUGGGGUUCAACGCUGUGCGGCUGCCCUUCUCAUUCCAGGUCCUGUUCAACUAUGGCCCCACAUACCUGACAGACCAGUGUCAAGCAGCUGGCCUUGGGUCCAUUGUGCAGAAUGUUGUCCCGCCUGGGUUUGGUGGCGCUGUGGAAGGCAGCCCCUCCCCUUACGGUAGCAGCUGCAACGUCAAUGUGCCAAAUUACAGCACAUACUCGCGGUUCCUAUAUGUGAUAAAGUUCUAUGCAGCCAAUGGCUUCUAUGUCGUGCUGGACAACCAGUUCAACCUGGACACCACAGCGAAGGACAACCCAUGGCAGUGGCUGACCUGGUGGAAGCAGCUGCUCAACGAUGUCAUCUUGGACCCGCAGUCCAAGAACAGGGUCAUGCUCGACCUACUCAACGAGCCUGACUCCCAGUACUUUGGUUGGGAACAGGCUGGGCCGCUUUACCUGCAGGCCAUGGAUGCGCUGUAUCCAAUCAGCCCAACUACCUUGUUCCUGAUAGAGGGCAGCGGGCAGAGCUGGCAAGGGGCCAUGAACUGGGGAGACGGCUUCAUCACAGACCAGAACCUGAUCAACCAGCGCGGCAUGUCCAACCCCAACCCUUUCUUCACCACCCUGCUCUCCAAGCCCUACCUCAACAACAUCGUCAUCUCCCCCCACUACUACCCGCCCUCCAUCUCCAAAGCCACCUCCCAGUUCACUGGGCCCAAUCUGUGGAACCGCAUGUCCACUUCUUUUGGGUACCUCAACAAAUAUGGAUAUGGCGGCCACCUGUUCCCGAUUGUCAUUGGAGAAAGCGGCUCACUCUACACAGAUUCAAAUGACAUCGCCAUGCUGUCGGACAUGGCCAAGUACCUAAAUAAUCAGGGUGAAGCGAAUGAUGGCCGCCACAACCCCAUUCCCCACCUUUUCUGGUGGGCCUGGAACCCCAAUUCUGCUGACACCGGCGGCCUCGUGUCAGACCCCAACUGGGACACGGUACUCUGGAACAAGGUGAACUGGCUCAUCGCCUCGAUCAACCUCAGCCCAUGGGCCUUCUCUGGCGGCUUCCAGGGCAGUGCAUCAGGGGAGGUGGCGUCAGAACAGAAACCGGCACCUCCGCCGCCGCCCCCGCCGCCGCCGCCGCGCAGCCCCGUCAUGCCGAGCGUCAGCGGCAGCUGCACGGCGCAGGUCUACUACGGGGCUCCCUGGAACAGCAUAUACGUGCUGCCCUACAUGAGCAUCAUCCGUGUGACGUUGAAGAACACAGACACCGCCGACAUCGUGCCGCCGUACGCGCUGCAGAUGUGGAACCCCUACUACAAGUACGCAGCGCAGCCCCUGAACUGGGAGCCAUCUUCCAUGUCAAACGGCGCCAUCGAUGGGAAUGUCACACAGCCAUACGCUGUGCUGCUGGCGGAGGGAGCGAGCUAUGUCAACUUCAACCUGCUGGUGGGCAGCACAGAGGCAGACAUGCUGCCUUGGACGGUGUAUCUGGAGGGUGUGUCCUGCAAAAUCAGCCGGCUGGAGCUGAGAUGA